UCGCAACAUGCAGAUGCUUUCAGACAUACCAAAUCCGCGAUGCAAAGCAUUGCAUUGGGUCUCUUGCAGGCAUCACAUUAUUGCUCAAAGCAGACAACUCCCUAUCUCCGGUGCAGAUCUCGAGACUCUCGUACUAGGAGGGAACCCGACGUGCGCAUGUCAUACCCAACCCCUGCCUUUGAGGUCGUCUCAGGACACUACCUUGUUUGAUGAUGAUACUCCCCGUCUACGCAGUGUGUCGUUGGUCGGCCUAACCUGGGUGCCGAUGAACCGUUUUUCGACCCUCACCCAACUCCUGAUAGGCCGUUGUGUCUGGCGCCACCCCGUCGCUUCUAUACUCGACCUGCUUCGGGACACCCCUCAUUUGGUGGACCUCGUACUCUCGAACAUGUUCCAAAGACCACCAGACGAACCUAACAUCCCUGAGGUGGCAGGAAAGGUCCGUUUGCGUAGUCUCCGACGGCUCGCGCUGCGCAACAUCGGAGACCGGAGUAUCGCUUUGAUACUUUCCAAGUUGGACAUGGCAUCGCAGUCCGUCACUGUCAUCGGCCAUUGGAUCCCCCGCCGCUCCUUUGGUAAUAUGGGGCGGGAAUUACCUGAAGGCCUCUCUAGGCUUACGUGUAUGCGACCCAUUGGCAUGCAUCUCAGAAUCUUGCCAGCCUCCCGAGAGGACCAGGUCCAUGGUCAAGGCCAUCUCACUCUGUCUAUUGCCGCCGUCAACGAGCACGCCGGCGUACUUCUCAAGGACAAAGUCGUCCGCCCGAAUCGUCUAAGAUACGACUUCCCUGCCAGUGUUUUCCAACUCUCGCAUCUGCACGAUUUAUGGUGCCUGGAUACGCGGCACUGUCCCAGGAAGGAUCCAUGGCCCUCACGACUGUGGUCUUCCUUAUUGCCGGAGUUGACAGCCAUGGAGAACCUCACGAUUUUUGAUUCCAGUCUUCCUCACAUCGUCCAAUCGCUCAAUACCCCUGAGUCCGUGCUCAUGCGAGGGUGGUCGUUAUGCCCUCGCUUGACGAGAAUCACCGUCCUCGUGUCGCGCAGGUACCUGCCAAUCAACGAGGUGAUGUCGAAGCUCGCCAUGAUACGAGAGCGGAUACGGUUCUCGCACAUCACCAUUGGAUAUCUCCCGGAUUACACGGGAACAAGGCUAUCUCGAAGCGAUCGAGACCGCCUUGACGAAUCUUAUGAGUACCUCGAUCUCGACGGGGUCCCUCCUGUGUCGCCUCCAUGGCCCGACCAGUCCCAACUCCCAGAUAUGCCCGCCGCAUAUUGGCCAUCGUUCGAGCGGUGGUCCAGUUGCAUGGCACCCGACGACUCCUACUGAUUUGGCCCAAUCAGGACGUACAUAGGCGAGAGCCGUCAGUCGCAGUUUGCUGUAAUCGGACACUCUGGCUCAACAUCAGCGUGCGCAGUAUAGUGCUCUCACAACCUAUGCGUUCACAAUUCUAUCAUUGGUGGGUAUGGUGGGUAUCCGUUGAUACAAGACAA